AUGAUGAUAUCGCACGGCCUUCAGAAGAAGGCGUUAUCUGCUUGCCAAGCAUGGAGGCUGCUGAGCUCCAUCGUGGUGCAUGGCUUUUGCAUGCUUUGCAGCCUGAUUUUUGCCUUGCUGCGCCUGGCGGCUGGUGCCGAGAAGUGCGCAGGGGUGGAGUUCCUCGAAGGCCACGUCACACAUGCGAGGUCGCAUGAAGCCAACCAUGCUUUCAAGUAUCCGGUGCGUAUGGCUUUAGUAGACUUGGACUCACCGCCAGCCUGGUGGUCAGAGGAGCCGGUGCCGCGGCUAUCUGCCAAAGAGGCGCGGGAGGCACUCGGGGUCCCUUCGGGCCGCGUCAGGGUGCUGACUACGCCAAGCAGUGCCGGGUACCACCAGAAUCCUAUUCAGAUCUAUUUCUGCGACAACAAGACCGCGCAGAACCAGGGCAUUUGUGAGGUGAGUUCGUUCAGCGAGCAGGCUGAAAGCUUGAAAGAAGGUGCUUCUCCCAGCAUGUACGGGUGCUCCGACACAACUCGCCGCAGCAUAUUGGAAUGCGGGGAGUCUUCGAGGCUGCAUUCAUUCAUGCUUGUCAGUUUGUGGCAUGCGGGUCCCCUGCCUUCGCAUUUGCAAUGCCCUCCUGGACGCGUGAGUGGCUGGACUGCUCAUUCGCAGUUUUCAGCUAUUUGGGCAUAUGGCGUGUUUGUGGUGGGUUUCGCAUUGCCAAAUCAAAGGAAAUCCCAAGCAGGACGACUUGCUAGGAAAGCAUCUGUUCGGGAAGACACGGUCUUCAAAGCAAGGCCGGAGAGCAUGCUCGAUCGGCUGCAGGAUCACGCCGCGGCCCUGGGUGGCAAGUGCCUCGCGAUCGGGUACAAAAGCCGCAUGACCAAAGUCCCGUGGCAGUGCCAACAUGGACAUACCUGGGAUGCAAGGCCAAAAAAUGUGCUAAAUAAACAAAGCUGGUGCCCCGAGUGUGCCAGAAACAAGCAGCGGAUCCCACUGCAACGACUGCAAGAUCACGCGAAAGCACGAGGUGGACGGUGUCUAUCAACGAGCAAGUACAACAGGUCCAGAGGCAAGGUCACAUGGCAGUGCAAGCUGGGACACACCUGGGAGGCCACUGUAAACAAAGUUGUUCACUGCGGGACCUGGUGCCCCAAAUGCUCCCGCAAAGGGCGAACUUGCAAGAAGCGCAGCUUGAAGGACUUGCAGGAGCAUGCUGCUUCCCUCGGUGGUCGAUGCCUCGCAACUACUUAUGAGGGUAUGCUGGCUCCGGUGUUGUGGCGGUGCCACAAGGGUCACGUGUGGUCGGCAAGGCCGAGCAACAUCUUGCACCACAAGACUUGGUGCCCAGCCUGUGCAGGGAAUGCGUUGCUAGACGUGGGCUAUUUGCAUAAGCAUGCGAUCCGUCGGGGUGGCGAAUGCUUGGCGACUGAGUAUGUGAAUAACCAGUCGGCGGUGACCUGGAAGUGUGAGCACGGCCACAUCUGGCAAGCAAGACCGCACGACGUUCUAAAUAAGGGCUCAUGGUGCCCCCACUGCAGGAAGAUUGGCUUGACGCGUCUCCGGGCCCAUGCCGCCUCGCUCGGCGGAAGGUGCUGUGCCAAGUCGUACAGGAACUCGUCCGAGCAUCUUCUCUGGGAAUGCAAACUGGGACACAGGUGGGAAGCCUCCGCCUCAAACGUGUUGCAUGGUAACUCGUGGUGCCCACGAUGUGCGGCCAGCACCUGGCGCACGGAGGCGGAGAUACGCAGCAUCCUAGAGACCAUCUUCCAUCCGGCUAAAUUUCCGUCUCGUUACCCUCCUUUCCUGAAGGGCUUGCAGUUGGAUGGGUACUGCCUUGACUUGCAGUUCGGCUUCGAGUACCAGGGCGAGCAGCAUUAUGAUCCCGAGAACUAUUUCCAUUUCGGCGACUCUUCCAGCUUCCGCUCUCAGCAGGAAAGGGACGCAAGGAAGAUGGAGCUUUGCAAGCAGGAAGGAGUGCGAUUGCUGAUCGUCCCAUGCUUCGUGAAGGACAAGAGGACCUUCGUCCUCACGGCCUUGUUGCAAUGGUUUGCAUGGGCCCAAAUCACGCCAACCUCAUUGGUCAGCCGAGGGUGCUCAUAG